AUGAAAAUCAUAUGUUGGAACUGUCGUGGGGUUGGAAACCCUGCGACGGUUUGUGACUUAAAGCAACUUCUUGUUGUGAAUCAUCCGGAUAUUGUUUUCCUUUGUGAGACUAAAAUUAGUGCUAAUAGGUUUUCUUCUGUACGCAGGAAAUGUAGAAUGGAGGGAGGUUUGGCGGUCAACACUGAAGGCAAAAGUGGUGGCUUGGCUUUGAUGUGGAAAGAUAGUAAUAUGGUGGAAAUUCAAACUUACUCCAGCAACCACAUUGAUUCAAAGGUUUAUACUGAGAGUGGCGAGCAGAUUCGGUUUAUGGGAUAUUAUGGCAAUUCUGAACCUAGCAAACGUCAAAGCUCUUGGAACAUGCUUCGAAGGGUUGGGAAGGAUGUUAAGGAAAAAUGGAUUAUUGGUGGUGAUUUCAACGCUAUCCUUGAGAAUGCGGAAAAAGAAAGAGGGAGGAGAAAACCAAAGGCUCUUAUGGAAGAUUUUCGCAAGAUAAUCGAUGAAUUCUCAAUGUUGGAUUUAAAGACGGACAAUGGGUGGUUCACCUGGGUUAACAAUAGGGAGGGGACAGCAAUGGUUAAAGAGAGACUUGACCGCUUCUUGAUGUCUGCCAAUGAUGUUAAUAGUUUCCCUUUUAUGGGAACCAAAGUGAUUAGGCAGUCUAGCUCUGAUGAUGACGCGAUCCUUUUUGACACCGAAGGGAGAAAGCCGAGAGAUAAUUUUAGGGACCCAAGAUUGAGUUUCAAAUAUGAAGCUUGCUGGCAAAGAACAAGAUAG